GUUUGUGUGAAAUGUCUCUCACUUUGGUCUCAAGUAAAGAUGUAUCGCAGUUCUUUGUGAAAGAAACAAGAAACCUUCAUGCAAAAGCAAGAGAUCAACAUGAAGAUCUUUCAGCUUCUAAUCUAUCUGUUCAUAUCGUGUCAAACGGCAGAGACUUUGGAUCAACUAACAGAUUUGGGACAAAAUGUGACUAUAAACUGUGAUCUGGACUCAAAUGAAGUUUAUUGGAUUUUACUGAAACAAUCAGAUUCUCAUACAGUGAUACUGCGUUCAUUCUCAAAAUCAGCCCAUUACUUUAAUAAAACAUUUAAAAAGAAAUAUUCAGUACAAUCUAAACACCGUCUGGUGAUAUAUAAUAUUACUGUAGAUGAGUUAGGAGUUUAUUACUGUAUGAACAAAGAUACACCUCCAAAACUCAGUACCAGCACAAGACUGCACAUCAUUAAGCCGACUGAACUCACAAAGUUCUCAUUGUAUCUGAAUGAGACUUUAGUGAAGUGUAUUCAACACAAUGAGACACAAUGGCACUUUAUCAUCAUUAUAUCUGCGCUACUAAACGCUCUGAUCAUUGUCAUCACUGUAGUUAGUUGUUACUCUAAAGAAAGAUUAAAGCUUCAGGAUACAGAUCUACAGCAGACUAAACACGUCUAUCUAAAACAACACGAAGAGAUGAGCCGAGUACAGUACACUGCAGUGAGAUUUUCAACAUGUGAGGAGUCUGAAGACACUCGAGUCAUCUGAACCUCUGCUCUUC